AUGGUGGCCACGGGUGUCUAUGAAGUGCAGGAGAGUGGGCUACAAUGGAAACACAACAUCCAGCAACAACGGGAGAAUGAACCUGGGACACCCCAAGAGUUUCUGGACAAUUUCAGUCAAAAUUUCGAAAUGCGAGUAUUGGAACGACCGUCCGAAGAUCACCUGAUUCUGGAAUUCAACCAUGUAGAUGUUUCCUUUGUCAAUGCCUUGCGACGAAUUCUCUUAUCGGAAAUUCCGACAGUGGCGAUCGAAAUGGUGUACAUGUGGAUCAAUACCGGUAUCAUUCACGACGAAGUUCUGUGUCACCGACUGGGGCUCAUUCCAAUCUACUUUGAUCCACGACGACUGCAAUCCAUGGAGGAAACCGAUGGGACUGCCGAGGCAGGAGCACCCACGGAUCGGAAUACGAUUGUCUUUCGAUUGAAUAUUAAAUGCACAGCGGAAGAUGCCCAAGAGGACAAGAAGAAACAUCAGAAAUCGGCCGCUGCAGACGACGAUAGUGACGACGAAGGUGUGGUACCCAAGAGCGCCCAUCCUGCCUUGGAGGAAGCUACCACAGCCGCUGCCAGAGCCAAGGCCAAGGAAAAUAGCAAAAAGAUUCCAAAACGACCGUACACCAAGCAUGUGUAUUCGGGAGACAUGGAGUGGGUCCCACAAGGAGAUCAGGCAAAAAGGUUGGAAGAUACAGAUGUUAGGGUGGUCCACGAUGACAUUUUGAUUUGUAAAUUGCGGCCAGGACAAGAAAUUGAGCUAGAAGCUCAUGCCAGAAAGGGAACUGGCAAAGACCAUGCCAAGUUUUCUCCCGUGGCAACGGCGUCGUACAGAUUGUGCACCGAAAUCACACUGUUGGAGCCAGUCUAUGAUGAAUUGGCAGAAGAAUUGGUUCAUCUAUAUGAACCGGGUGUCUUUGAACUGGUCCCAAGUGACGAACCAGGGACACGCGUCGAGGCCAAAGUCUGCAACCCAUAUGCCUGUACCAUGUCUCGCAAUUACAUGCGCAAUCCACAGCUGGCCAAAGCCAUCAAAAUGGUCCGCAUCCCAGAUCGAUUCAUCUUCAGUAUUGAAAGUGUGGGACAUUACAAACCAGCUGUGUUGCUAGGACAAGCACUCAACAUUCUGCAAGGCAAAUGUCGACGAGUACAGGAUCUUGCGGAUCAAGCAAUGGGACGCUAA